CCAUUUCAUAACAAAAAAAACCCUAGUUUCACUAUAUUUUAGUCUCUGUUAGAAGGUUUAGCGGCUCGCCCUCUCUCAAUAUAACCUACAGAGAUCUCAAAGAAACAAAGAAACACGAAUCAGAAGAGAGACCGAAAUGGGGAGUGAGGAAGUCAAAAUGGUGCCAGAAUCCGUUUUAAAGAAAACAAAGAGAAAUGAGGAGUGGGCAUUGGCUAAGAAGCAAGAAUUAGAAGCCUCAAAAAAGAAAGCUAAGGAAAGCCGGAAGUUGAUUUUUAACAGAGCUAAGCUAUAUGCCAAGGAGUAUGAUCAGCAGCAAAAGGAGCUGAUUCAGCUUAAGCGUGAGGCUAAGUUGAAAGGAGGGUUUUAUGUUAACCCUGAAGCUAAGCUUUUGUUUAUCAUCCGGAUUCGUGGUAUUAAUGCUAUUGACCCAAAGACCAGGAAGAUUUUGCAGCUGUUGCGUUUGAGACAGAUAUUCAAUGGCGUUUUCCUAAAAGUUAACAAGGCAACUGUGAACAUGCUGCAUAGAGUUGAGCCCUAUGUGACAUAUGGAUACCCUAAUUUGAAGAGUGUCAAAGAAUUGAUUUACAAGAGGGGCUAUGGAAAAGUGAACCAGCAGAGAAUUGCAUUGACUGACAAUUCAAUUGUUGAGCAGGUUCUGGGCAAACAUGGAAUCAUCUGCAUGGAGGAUCUUAUCCAUGAAAUUCUGACUGUUGGACCCCACUUCAAGGAGGCAAACAACUUCCUAUGGCCAUUCCAGCUCAAGGCUCCUUUGGAAGGUUUGAAGAAGAAGAGAAAUCACUAUGUAGAAGGCGGUGAUGCUGGAAACCGAGAAGAUUAUAUCAAUGAGCUAAUCAGGAGGAUGAACUAGGCUGUCUGGUAUAUUAUUCUAUUGGAGUUUUGGGACUUUUUCUUGUAUGAUCCCUUCAGUGACGAAGACUGGUAAUUUUUUGCAGCUUGAAAUUAGUGGUUUUUGUUUUGUGAACUUUGGCAUUCAUACUGUAGCAUUGAAGUAAUUGCAAUUUUCUUGUGGGAGACUGAUUGCAGA